CGCCUCUCCCUCUAGGAACCAGCGCAAACAGCGGGUAUAAAAUCCCACAGAGAACGAUGAAGUAUGCCACGCUUCUCUCAUAGUACCACCAAAGGACCAGGAGUCCCAGGACAGUAGCCACGAGGCUGAUUAUUCUCUUCUGGAGACCACUGUAGAGCACUAGCAGUCGGAGCAAGAGACUGGGCGCCACUACCGACAGUCCUACAGCAAACGCUUGUUGCACUGUUGGCUGGAAGCAUUUAUGCAGCAUCCACGACCAUUGCAUGCCUGCAGUUUUCUUGCUCGGAACAUGAAUACGAUCGCGACGACUCACACAGCGGUUAGCUAUGGUGCGCUACAAUUGAAAACAUAACGGUUCUAAAUAAAGCCCAUUGUGUACGUCAGGAAGUUGACGUGGCUUGAAAGCUGAGUUGGCUGGCUCGCGGUGACCGGGCAGUCCGUAGAGUCGUUCCCUAGUGUGAAAAUGGCUGCGGUCAACGAGUGCCCCGUGGCCUGUGACUCGGCCCUGUCGGUCAUGAUGGACGACUUGGAGGAGGGAACUCUACUCUCUCUGUUGGAAGAUCGGGAGUUCCUCAGCUACUUGCAGACCCUCCCAAUGACGUCGUCGGGUGGCGGCGAGCAAGAGGUCGAGGAAACUGACCUGGAUCUUUCGGAACUGUUUGAAGACGGUGUCCUCCUACCAGACUAUUUCCCUGGCCACCGCAGCAAGAGCAACCCUCCGCUUGCCGACAUAGGGUCAAAGGAUUCUGGCGUGUCGGUAGAGAGCUUGGCCAGCGACAGUAGAUCAGGGAGUACAUCUCAAGUCAGUGGCAAAGAGCCACAGUCACCUGUUCACUCUGGUGGUAGUGAGUCAGACAUCAGUAACCUUGAUUCCAAUGACAGCGAUUCAGCAGAGGAUUCUCCGGCCAUCACCUCUGGACCAACCAAGCGACGUAAAGUUGAUAGCAUUGGACGUGUACACGGCAGGUCACAUCUGACAUCUUGUGUUGAGCAUGACCACUGCUACACUCGUGUCUCGUCAUCCGAGAUACUUCAUUCACCUGGCAGCAGUCUCGCAGAUAAAGGUGCACCUAAUGAAGAGGAUACGGGCUAUGAGACAAUGUCCAGUUCUACCUCUCCUGGAGGAGGGCCCACACUUCCCUCCUCCUCCCCCACUGCACACCAGACCACCUCCCUCCUGCCCCCUCCAUCUCUCCCUCCUCUCACCACCACACCUCACAUUAACCCUGUGGCUCUCAUUGAUGCCAGAAUCAAGCACUUCAUGCGUAGCCAGCAGGUGUGUUUGAGUGAGGAAGAGAAAGAGACACUGAAAGCUGAAGGUCUUCCAAUCCCAACAACUCUCCCUCUCACCAGGGUGGAGGAAAAGGCACUCAAGUCAGUGCGUAGAAAGAUCAGAAAUAAGGUAUAUACUUAUGUAAUACUCCAGAUAGUGAUAUUUCAUUGGCUGAGGCUGCCCUGUAGGCCUUGAUCCUUAGCCCUAGCCCCUAGCCUAUUCCUAGCCUAGCUUUACCUUUGUGGGUCCCUAGAACGCGCGUAGAAUCCGUUGCGCUUACGGUCCGUAUAUUACAGUUCAUCCGACUGUGUGGUAUGUUGAUUAUAGAACUGUUUGUGCCUCAGGUUGCUGCUCAAGAGAGUCGGAAGAGAAAGAAGGAGCAUAUGCAAGAGCUGGAAGACAAAGUGAGGCAGUGUACCAGUGAGAACCUACGACUGCAGAAAAAGGUGGAAAAUCUGGAAUCUGAGAACAGGAGUUUGCUUACUCAGCUGAAGAAGUUCCAGGCACUGGUGUCAGGCUCCGGGAACAGCCGACACACCACUAAAGUUGGAGCUUGUCUCAUGGUGGUUGUGCUGUGUUUUGCGGUGUUGCUGGGAGGUUGGGUUCCAAACCAUUCCUACUGGACCUCUGUAUCCACUGACUAUGCCACCACAUCUGUUCGUUCCAGGUCUCUCCUGUCGGUGGAGGCAGUCAACAACUACCACACCUUCCCUCACGCCGUGUGUGACUGGUUCCGCUACAUCUUCCUGUCGGACAGGUCUACGGAGCACCACCACUCACAGUCCACGGCCCACCACAGGGCACACACUGAGCGUGCCUGGCCUGACAUCUUCCUCAGUAGCUACACCCCUCUGACUGGGGGUGACCAACACAACAAUGACACUCCUGCAAUCGCCGCCUAGACAUUUGUUCUAGGCAACAUUAAUAAUCAGGGAAUUUGUAUAAUUGUACCGUGCACUAUUAUAACAGUGUGUUUGUGUGCGCACAGUUCUCACACAAAAUUCCACAAUGUGCUUGCAAUACCAACUGCAAUGCUCAUAAAGUUGCUU